AAUUAAUAGUGACGAUGCAGAAGCUGUAGCAUUGGUCUGUCUCCUUUACUGGUGUUUGCUGCGAGCUGGUGGUUUUCUGGCAGGGGCCAGGCAGUGCUGUGGGCAGGACAGAAAAGGGCCCACACAGGAACUGCUCUUGUAUUUGUUACUAGCUCUAGAUGCAGCACAUUCCCAUGGGCUUGUGCUCAGGAGCGUGAUCCUGACAUUGCUUUGAGGAGAGGGAGAGGCAACAGCCACCUGAGUGCUUGAGCUGCACUGUGUCCUGUCUGCCAUCCCCCCACUGCCCCCCUUUGAACGUCCCCCUGAGCACAGGGCUGGGGGCAGCGGGGGCUGUGCCAGGGGUCCCCCCAGUGUGCCCUAAACCUCACCCAGCUGAAGCAGAGGGAGAGGUGCAAUGGACAGAUGUAGGCACGGUGCAGCCCGGAGUGGCAGCGGCACAAGUGCCCGAGGCUGCCCCCGAGUUGAGGACCACGGGCAGAGCCACGGGCUGGACGGAGCAGGAACAACGCGCGUGUCCAGGGCGACACUCCCCCGCGCUGACGGCGUUGCUGACGGUGACUGCCAGCAGCCGCCGAGGUUUGUCUUUGCAGAGGGCCCCUUGUCUCCAGAGCAAUCCUACGCCGUGGGGACCGAGCUGAGGUACAGCUGCCGCCCGGGGUACACGAUGGCCAGGGACAAGUCCCCCGUGGUCACCUGCCUGCCCACCUCCACCUGGUCAGCGGAUCCCGACUUCUGCAUCAGAAAGUCGUGCAGUCCCCCAGACCUCAACAAUGGCAGCUUUAACUACAGCACUGGACUCAUGUUGGGGACGACGAUAACGUACACGUGUGACACUGGGUAUCGAUUGAUUGGGGAGGCAUCUGCACAAUGUCGGCUUGAAGACAACAAUGAAGUUUCUUGGAGCCACAUUCCAUACUGUGACAUUAUUCGCUGUCUCCCACCUCCUGCAAUCAAGAAUGGGCAGCCCAUCAAUGGGAACAAACAGUUCACCUUUGGCAUGGCUGUAACUUACAGCUGUAACAGAGGAUUUUCUCUUAUUGGAGAUACUACAAUUCACUGUACAAUGAGCGAUAAGCUCGAGGGAGUGUGGAGCAGCCCAGCCCCUGAAUGCAAAGUGGUCAGCUGUGAAAAUCCAGUAGUGAAAAAUGGGAGAAGGUCAUCUGGGUUUGGCACUCAGCACACAUAUAAAGACACAGUGCUGUUUGAGUGUAAUCCUGGCUAUGUGUUGAACGGUAGUAGUGUGGUUACUUGUGAAGCAGACAAUACCUGGAAGCCACCUCUGCCAACGUGUGACCCAGUGCACUGUGGUCCUGCUCCAAGCUUCCCUUUUGCUGAGCCGACAAGGGCUGUGGGUGACAGCUCACCUGCUGGGACCCAGCUCAAGUAUCAAUGUAAACCAGGCUACAGUGCAGCAAGGGGAAAGUCUUCUGUUGUCACUUGUGAGAGUGAUAAAACUUGGUCUGCAGACCCAGACUUCUGCAUCCGACAGCAAUGUACUCCUCCCACAAUAGAGAACGGGGACGUGAUCGCAGACGAUUUCCUGUUCGAGACAGAUGUGACAUUCACCUGCCAUCGUGGGUAUGAACUGAAGGGGUCACCUUCUGCCAAAUGUGUGGUAUCAGGAGAUGGAGUUGGUUGGGAUAUUGCAUCUCCACACUGCGAAAAACAGCCCUCUGAUGUUUUCUGUGCACAGCCCCCCAGCAUUGCCAAUGGGAUGCACAAUGGCACAGGGGGCACAGGAUUUGUCAGCGGCUCUGUCGUGGUUUAUAAGUGCAAGGAUGGCUUCACCCUUGCUACAGCAGCCUCUAUUCACUGUGAAGGAAAUGAUCAAUACCACGGAGUCUGGAGCAAGCCUACUCCUGAAUGCAGAGGUGGAGCAGACAUGACCAGUGUUGCCCCCCGGAGCCGCAGUCUGCGCCGGGACCGGAGGAUGCUGCUCACCUUCGCCCUCUGCCUCCUGGGCAGCUCCGCCUUGCUCCUGGGCACCGCAGCUGGGGCUCAAGCUGCCCACUGCCCGCGCCCACACAUCCGAUACGGGAAGAGCGUACUUGCCAGCCCCUAUUCCUACGUGGCUGGGAGCGUGGUGAGCUUUGUGUGUCAGUCAGGAUACACCCUGCAGGGCUCCCCCAGCAGCACCUGCCAAGCCAACUUCAGAUGGCACCCACCUCUGCCAGUGUGCAAGAAGGAGGUGAUGUGUCCUCAGGCACCAAACAUUCCCAAUGGGCUGCACAGUGGACAGUCCUUGGGCAAGUUUCCCCGGGGAGCAACCGUGUCCUACAGCUGCAGGGAUGGCUACGAGCUGAGUGGGAACGUGUCCAUCAACUGCACAGACACCGGGCUGUGGAGCAGACCCCUGCCCCGCUGCAGAGCAAUCGGAUGUAAAACACCCAAGGUGCACAAUGGGAAGGUCUAUGACCCACAGAGCACCUAUGAGGCUGGAGAGACCCUUCACUUUGACUGUGACGCUGGGUACGCCACAGACGGCCCCUCCGAGGCUCGGUGCCAGCCUGGGGGCACCUGGGACCCGCUGGUGCUCCUCUGCCAGAGGGUGCGACCGUGCCCCAUGCCCCCAGAGAUCUCCAAUGGGAAUCACAAUGGGCAGGGCAAGGCAGGUUUUACCAUGGGCAUGUCUGUAACAUACACCUGUGACCCCGGGUACCGCCUGGUUGGAAACCGCGCUGUGUUUUGCAGAGUGUCUGGGAACUGGAGCCAGCCUGGCCCUCGCUGUGAAGAGGUGAUGUGUCCUCAGCCACCAAACAUUCCCAAUGGGCUGCACAGUGGGCAGGCUUUGGACAAGUUUCCCCGGGGAGCAACCGUGUCCUACAGCUGCAGGGUUGGCUACGAGCUGAGCGGGAACCUCUCCACCUACUGCACAGAGGCUGGGCUGUGGAGCAGACCCCUGCCCCGCUGCCAAGCAAUCGGAUGUAAAACACCCAAGGUGCACAAUGGGAAGGUCUAUGACCCACAGAGCACCUAUGAGGCUGGAGAGACCCUUCACUUUGACUGUGACGCUGGGUACGCCACAGACGGCCCCUCCGAGGCUCGGUGCCAGCCUGGGGGCACCUGGGACCCGCUGGUGCUCCUCUGCCAGAGGGUGCGACCGUGCCCCAUGCCCCCAGAGAUCUCCAAUGGGAAUCACAAUGGGCAGGGCAAGGCUUUUUUUACCAUGGGCAUGUCUGUAACAUACACCUGCAACCCUGGCUACUACCUGGUAGGAGAUGCUGUUGUGUUUUGUAGAGCAUCCGGGGACUGGAGCCAUUUCGGCCCUCAGUGUGAAGGCACCAUCUGCAUCAAUCCAACUGUAGAGAAUGGAAGGCAAGUCAGUGGUCAAAGACUGAUCUCUGCACCUGGGCAAAUGGUGACAUUUCAGUGUCACGAUGGUUACAGCCUGCAAGGCAGUGCCACUGUCCUCUGCCAGGAGGAUGGCAGCUGGUACCCUCCUGUUCCUGUCUGCAAACAACUGUUCCAUCCCCAGGAGCUCUCAAACAGCUCUGGACCUUCAGGUGGUUGUGGUGCUCCCCCAAGGUUGCACUUUGCUGAGCUAAAUGAGGAGCAUAAAAAUGAGAUUGAUUUUUCUGUUGGGAAGACUGUGCAAUACACUUGCCGACCUGGAUAUGCCAGACACCCAGAACUAUCACCUGUUAUUACUUGCCUUGGGAGUGGAGUGUGGUCAGAAGCACUAGAGUUCUGUAAAAGGAAACAAUGUGGUCAUCCUGGUGAACCUGUGAAUGGGAAAAUUACUUCCCUAACAGAUCUGCUGUUUGGGUCAACAGUGCUCUACAGCUGUGAAGAAGGGCACAGGCUAAUUGGACAAGCCAGCAGAAGAUGUGAGAUUUCUGGUGGCAUUGUCGCAUGGAGUGGGAACGUUCCCGUUUGUCAGCGGAUCCCUUGUGAGCCCCCUCCAGACAUUCCCAAUGGGAAGCACACGGGUGUGCUGCUGGAUGAAUUCCACUACGGCACGUCCGUGACGUACAGCUGCAACGUGGGGUACCCGCUGCACGGAGAGCCCUCCAUCCACUGCACCAGCCACGACGGGCUGAGCGGCGUCUGGAGCGGCGCCCCGCCGCGCUGCGGAGAGGCCAGAUGUCCUGUCCCGCAGGUCCAGAACGGGAGGAUAGUGUCUCCAAGGACUACCUACACACACAAUGACACCGUUGCCUUUCAGUGUGAGCCAGGCUACGUUCUGCGUGGCCACAGAGUGGUACAAUGCCAACCAAAUAACACCUGGGAGCCGCCCGUGCCAGUCUGCGAGCAGGCUGGCUGCAGUGCACCUCCCAGCCUGGCGUUUGCUGAGCCGAGGGAGCCGUACAGCAACCAGAGCACCGUUCCCGUGGGGAGCAGGGUGCAGUACGUGUGCCGGCCCGGCUUCACCCAGCACCCGGGGAGGCCACCAGCCCUCACGUGCCUCAGGAACCAGACGUGGUCUGAGGCACUGGAGUUCUGUAGAAGGAAACAAUGCGCUAACCCAGAGGACCCGGAGAACGGCAGAGCUGUUGUCCUGACAGACCUUCUCUUCGGGUCCAAACUUAAUUACACUUGUGACAAAGGGUACAAGUUGGUUGGAGGCGUUCAGAGAACAUGCGAGGUCUCUGGCACACGUGUCUCGUGGAGUGGAGAAGCUCCUGUCUGCCAGCGUAUCAUCUGUGACCCGCCUCCCGACAUCCCCCACGGCACACACAGUGGACACGCCAUGGACACCUUCUCCUACGAGGAUGUGGUGACCUACAGCUGUGAGCCCGGCUACUCGCUGGCUGGAGAGCCCUCCAUCACCUGCACGGCAGCAGACGGGACGCGGGGCGCGUGGAACGGAGCGCCGCCGCGCUGCACAGAGGUGACGUGUCCUCCCCCGCCAAGCAUCGCCAACGGGCAGCACAGCGCACAGCCCUCGGACACCCACGGCCCAGGCUCGGCUGUGCAGUACAGCUGCAUGGACGGCUACUCCCUGGUCGGCAACGCCUCCGUGUCCUGCACCGCCGUGGGCACCUGGAGCCGGCCCCGGCCGCGCUGUGAGGUGCCACAGUGUCCUCCUCCUCCAAAGAUCAAGAAUGGCCACCACGAGAGCAAGGAUGUGGAAGCUUUCAUCCCUGGUGUGUCAGUGAAAUACAGCUGUGACCCCGGCUACAUCCUCACUGGGAAAACAACAGUUUCCUGUCUGACAUCUGGAACCUGGAGCAUCCCUUACCCCCGAUGUGAAGUGAUCACUUGCAUGAGCCCCAACAUCCAGAACGGAGCGGUGGCUGAAGGGCAGAGCGCUGUGUACCAUCCCGGGGCCAACGUCACCUUCCAGUGCCGGCCGGGCUACGUGCUGCAGGGCAGCGGUGGAGCCAGGUGCCAGCCCGACGGCCGCUGGGUGCCCGCGGUGCCCAGCUGCGAGCCAGCGCUGCCGUGCCCUCCGCCUCCCGCCAUCGCCCACGCCACGCACAGCGCGGAGCCCGGCGCAAACUUCACCAGCGGCAUGUCCGUGAGCUACAGCUGCCAGCCCGGCUUCUCGCUGCUCGGAGACCCCUUGGUGCGGUGCACGGCCUCGGGCAGCUGGAGCCACCCGUUGCCACGCUGUGCAGUGCUGCAAUGUCCUUCACCUCCAAACAUUGACAAAGGAAAUCACAGCAGCCAGCACUUGGAAGUUUUCACUGCUGGGAUGGUUGUAAAUUACAGCUGUGACCCUGGCUACAGCCUCCUGGGAGAGGCAUCAAUUUACUGCAUGGACUCGGGAAACUGGAGCCUCCCUCCUCCUCGGUGUGCAGGUGGCUGCGGGACACCUCCCAACUUAACCUUUGCUGAGCUCACCAAGGAAUACAGAAACCUGUCAGAGUUUCCUGUUGGGGCCACUGUGCGAUACCGCUGCCAGCCAGGAUACACGAGACACCCCAGAGUACCCCCAAAUCUGACAUGCCUCACAAACCAGACGUGGUCUGAAGUGAUAGAGUUCUGCAAAAGGAAGCAAUGUAAAUACCCAGAAACACCAAAGAAUGGCAGAGUUGUUCUGACAGAUCUCCUUUUUGGGUCAACCCUGAGCUACAUGUGUGAAGAAGGGCAUCGGCUGGUUGGACAGUCCCACAGGCGAUGUGAGAUUUUUGGACCAGAUGUUGCAUGGAGUGGUUUUGUUCCCAUUUGUCAAAAGGUGGUGUGCCCAGUACCAGAGAUCAAAAAUGGGAGAGUACCUCGUCCCAAGAAUCGCUACACAUACAAAGACACUGUCAGCUUCAAGUGCCAGAAAGGCUUCACCCUGCGGGGCCAUCGCACAGCCCAGUGCCAAGCUGACAGAAGGUGGGAUCCGCCUGUACCGCUCUGUGAGAAGGUAGUGAAGUGCCUGACUCCUCCAAGCAUUGCUAAUGGGGAACCCAGGAGUCACUUGUCAGGCACUUUUGAUGUUGGAACACUUGUGCACUACCGCUGCAAACGUGGCUUCUCCCUCACUGGGAACAAGUCUGUCCAUUGCACCACACAAGGAGUGUGGAGCCGUCCCCUUCCUCGGUGCAAAGUUGUGAAGUGUCUCCCUCCUCCCAACAUCAACAAUGGGAAGCUCAAAGGCAAUAUCUCUGACACUUUUUCCUAUGGAUCAUCUGUAUCCUAUGGAUGCAAUCCUGGCUAUUCACUUGUUGGGAAUGCUUUCAUCAACUGCACAGGGUCAGGAACCUGGAGCCAGCCGCCUCCUUUGUGCAAAGAGAUCAGAUGUGUAUUCCCAGAAGUUCAAGGUGUUAAGAAAGCCAUAAAAGGAAACACCUAUCGCUCUGGGACUAACAUCACUCUCGAAUGUGACGAUGGUUACACACUGGAAGGCAUCAGACAGAUUCAGUGCCAAGAAGACUUCAGCUGGGAUCCUCCUGUACCAGCCUGUAAACUGAUGUCCCACAAGCCUGGCUCAGUAGGCCUGGGAGUUGCAGCUGCAGGAGUCCUGAUUCUCCUGGUGACAGGCAUUGCCUGGAAAAUUAUUUCUAAGCAGAAGGAAGGGUAUUAUCUUACACAUGAAAACGACAGUUACCAAACCCCUCUGAACCAGACCACAGAACAGAAAUGUUCAUGCCUUUCAUACGAGGCCGGGCAUCCGUGCUGCCGCUGACCCGUCUUUGUUCAGCGCAGAGCAUGGCUGCGGGGAAGCGUUGCUCUCGUUCGGACUGAAACUCUGUGGCAAAAAGGGCACUUUGCUGUGCAACCAACAUUUACACUCCUUCUGCUUCCCUCAGUUGCUGUGAGAAUCUAACAAAGUUAAAACCUGCAUAUAGUACAGAUGGACUGUUUCACAGGGACCCCCGUGUACUGCUGCCAGCUCAAGAGGAACGUUUCCUUUCUGUGCUGGCCAGCCCUGUUAUGUGAGAUCCAUGACAGCAUUCCCGAGUGGAAGUCCCCAUGUGUGAAACCAAAGACUAACAGUAACUGUAACCUGCAGCACCUGCACACACUGCUGUUU